UUUCACCGGCGGCUCGUUUCUGCUCCUGGACCGAUCCUCUGUUUACCGAAAUAACCGGGGAGGAGAUCCAGGAAGGAGGAGAUCCAGGACCAGGACGGAGGAGAUUCAGGAUAGAGGAGAUCCAGGAAGGAGGAGAUCCAGGACUUUGGAGCGGCUCCUGGAGAACUUCUGGUUGACUCCUGCUGCAGACAAAGCGGAUCUGCUGCAGCUGCAUGAUCCGGAGUCCUGCAGACCCUGAGGAGAUGAGGAGGAUGAUGAAGAGCCACUGAAGCUCUGGGAUUUAUUUGAGUGUUUCUCUUUGUUUUCCGGCAUUUCACUGGAACGACCCAUGAGUCGGACGCGCCGUUUAGACUCAGUAAAGCCUGGAGGACUGCAGUGAGAGGACCAUGGAUAACUUCUUCACCGAGGGCGACCGGGUUUGGUUACGGGAGGAUGAGCAGUACCUUCCCAGCACCGUGUCAUCCUGCUCCGGAGGCGUUGUUGUCUUUGCUACCGACUACGGACAGGUUUACACCUACAAGCAGAACGCCCUCACCAGGCAGAAGGUCCAGCCGAUGCAGCUCAGCAGCGUGGCCGGUGUGGAGGACAUGGCGGCGCUGGAGGACCUCCAUGAUGGAGCCAUCAUGCACAACCUGUUCCUCAGAUACCAGCAGAGACACAUCUAUACGUACAUCGGCUCCAUCCUGGCGGCGGUGAAUCCUUACCAGCCGCUGCCUGGCCUCUACGACCGGCCGGCGGUGGAGCUCUACAGCCGCCACCACCUGGGAGAAAUCUCACCGCACAUCUUCGCCGUCGCCAACGAGUGCUACCGCUCGCUGUGGAAGAGGCUGCAGAACCAGUGUGUCCUCAUCAGUGGUGAAAGUGGAGCCGGUAAAACUGAAAGCACCAAACUGAUCCUGAAGUUCCUGUCGGCGAUGAGCCAACACUCGCUGGAGGCUUCGUCCAGAGACAAGACGUCUCACGUGGAGGAGGCUCUGCUGGAGAGCAGUCCCAUCAUGGAGGCCUUCGGGAACGCUAAAACCGUCUACAACAACAACUCCAGCCGCUUCGGGAAGUUCGUCCAGCUGCACUUCAGCCAGAAGGGGAACAUCCAGGGAGGCCGGAUCGUCGACUACCUCUUAGAGAAGAACCGAGUCGUCCGUCAGAACCCCGGGGAGAGAAACUACCACAUCUUCUACGCCAUCUUAGCCGGAGCCAACAGCCAGCAGAGAGAGGCGUUGGGUUUGACGACUCCUGACAGCUACCACUACCUGAGACAGUCCAGCUGCCACGGCGACCAGACAAUCAACGACAAGGGCACCUUUCAGGACGUUCUGAAUGCAAUGCGAACGAUGCAGUUCACGGAGGAGAACAUCGCUGAGGUUCUACGUCUGCUGGCCGGGAUUCUUCACGCAGGAAACAUCGAGUUCAUGACAGCCGGAGGAGCUCAGGUCUCCUCCAAGUCAGCUCUGAGCCGAACCUCAGAACUUCUGGGUCUGAACUCGGAGCAGCUUUGUGAAGUUCUGACUCACCGAUCCAUGAUCCUCAGAGGAGAGGAGAUCUCCACCCCGCUGACCGUGGAACAGGCGGUGGACUCCAGAGACUCCAUGGCGAUGGCACUUUAUUCUCAGUGUUUCAACUGGAUCAUCCGUAAACUGAACAACCGCAUCAGAGGAAGAGAAGACUUCAAGUCCAUCAGCAUCCUGGACAUCUUCGGCUUCGAGAACUUUGAGGUGAACCGCUUCGAGCAGUUCAACAUCAACUAUGCAAACGAGAAGCUGCAGGAAUAUUUCAACAAACACAUUUUCUCUCUGGAGCAACUUGAAUACAACAAAGAAGGCCUCGUUUGGGUCGACAUCAACUGGAUGGACAACGGAGAAUGUCUGGAUCUGAUCGAGAAGAAACUGGGUCUCCUGGCACUGAUGAAUGAGGAGAGUCACUUCCCCAAAGCUACAGACGGCACUUUACUGGAGAAACUCCACAGCCAGCACUCGAAGAACUCUUUCUAUGUGAAACCUCGCGUCGCCGUUCACUGCUUCGGAGUUCGGCACUACGCCGGAGAGGUGGUGUAUGACGUGAGGGGGAUGCUGGAGAAGAACCGGGACACCUUCAGAGACGACAUCCUGAACAUGCUGAGAGAGAGCAGGUUAGAUUUUGUCUACGAUUUGUUCGAACAUGUUUUGAGCCGAAACAAGCAGGACACCCUGAAGAUGAGCACCAAACACCGGCGGCCCACCGUCAGCUCCCAGUUUAAGGAUUCCUUACACUCCCUGAUGGCGACGCUCAGCACCUCCAACCCCUAUUUCAUCCGAUGCAUCAAACCCAACACACAAAAGAUGCCCGACCAGUUCGACCAGACGGUUGUUCUGAACCAGCUCAGAUACUCCGGCAUGUUGGAGACGGUGAAGAUCCGACGCACCGGCUUCCCCAUCCGGAGACCUUUCCAGGACUUCUGUUCCAGGUACCAGGUGCUGAUGCGAGGCGUGUUGACCCCCGAUGACCCCAGGGGGCGCUGCGUCCACCUGCUGCAGCUCUACGACAGCAGCAGCACAGACUGGCAGCUGGGAAAGACCAAGGUUUUCCUCCGUGAGUCUCUGGAGCUUCGGCUGGAGAAGCAGAGGGAGGUGGAGGUCCUGAAGGCCGCCAUGAUCAUCCAGGCUCACGUCAUGGGAUACAUGGCCAGGAAGCAGUACAGGAAGCUGCUGCAGUGCAUUGUGGUCAUUCAGAAGAACUACCGAGCUUUCUACUGGAGAAGGAAGUUCCUGCUGCUCCGUUGGGCGGCGCUCACCUUCCAGAAACGUCUGCGAGGACAGCUGGCCCGCCGGGCCUUCAGCCAGCUGCUGGAGGACCGGAGGAGGAGGGAGGAGGAGCAGGAGGAGCUCCGCAGAAGGCUGGAGGAGGAGCAGGAGGAGCUCCGCAGAAGGCUGGAGGAGGAGCAGGAGGAGCUCCGCAGAAGACUGGAGGAGGAGAUGGAGAGGGAGAGACGGAGGCUGGAGGAAGAGAGACUCUCCAGAGAGGUUGAGGAGGCCAGAAGACUGGAGGAGCUGCAUCGAGCUGAGGAACUCGUUUCUCUGGUUUUGUCUGAACCUACAGUAGCGGCCUCGACGUUGCCGGACGCUCUGGAGGAGCUGGAGUCGGCUGAAGCCUCUGAGGAGGCCUCAGAGCCGGAGGAGGCCAUCCGUCCUCACGAGGCAUCUCAGGUGGAGGAGAUCCUUCGACUGGAGCGGGAGAUCCAGGCGCUGCAGAGGCAGAAGGAGCGUCAGGAGCUCUCUCUGACCGAGGCCUCCCUGAACCGCCUGCAGCUCCUCCGUGACCAGGAGCUUCGGCGGCUGGAGGACGAGGCCUGCAAGGCGGCGCAGCAGUUCCUCGAGUCUCUGAACUUUGACGAGAUCGACGAGUGCGUGAGGAACAUCGAGAGCUCCCUGGGAGUAGGCGAAGGCGACGACAAGAAGGAGAACGGACGGAGGAGAGGCAACGAUGAAGAGGAGGUGGAUGAAGGCUUUGGCGCAGAUGACGACGCCUUCAAGGACUCGCCGAACCCAAGCGAACACGGCCACUCAGACGGCCAGCGGACGAGCGGCAUCAGAACCAGCGACGACUCGUCUGAAGAAGACCCGUACGCCAACGACGGCGUGAUCCCGCCGCUGCCACCCACCAGUCUGCUCAACCAGCCGCUGCCUGCUCCUCCAGGGCCCCUGGCCUGCCACAGCACCUCCUCCAGUGGGGACUCAGCCUACUGCCACCCCCAGGCUUCAUCCGAGGCCCAGUCCGACGACCUGGUGGAGCUGAUUCCGCCUGAUGAGGAUUCAGACUACGACCAGGACGACUACGACGAGGGCGCCAUCGUUUCCAGCGGCAGCGUGGCCUUCUCCAACCCUCGCAGUGGCCAGUGGUCUCCGGACUACCGCGGCUCCGUGGGAACCUACAACAGCUCUGGAGCUUAUCGCUUCAGCUCAGAGGGGGCUCAGUCAUCGUUUGAGGACAGCGAGGACGACUUCGACAGGUUCGACACAGACGACGAGCUUUCCUAUCGCCGGGAUUCCGUGUACAGCUGCGUGACGCUUCCUUACUUCCACAGCUUCCUCUUCAUCAAAGGUGGUCUGAUGAACACGUGGAAGCGGCGCUGGUGCGUUCUGAAGGACGAGACUUUCCUGUGGUUCCGGGCCAAACAGGAGGCGCUGAAGCAGGGCUGGCUGCACAAGAAGGGCGGAGGUUCGUCCACGCUGUCCCGACGCAACUGGAAGCGCCGCUGGUUUGUUCUGAGGCAGAGCAAACUCAUGUACUUCGAGAAUGACGGCGAGGACAAGAUGAAGGGGGUUCUGGACAUACACAGCGCCAAAGAAAUCAUCGAUAACACCGGUAAGGAGAAUGGAAUCGACAUCGUGAUGCCAGAGAGGACCUACCAUCUGAUCGCAGAGUCUGCAGAAGACGCCAGUCAGUGGUUCAGCGUGCUGAGUCAGGUCCACGCCUCCACCGAGCAGGAGAUCAGGGAGAUGCACGACGAGCAGGCAAACCCUCAGAACGCCGUGGGGACGCUGGAUGUGGGGAUGAUCGAUUCAGUUUGCGCCUCCGAUAAUCCGGAGAGGCCGAACUCCUUCGUUAUGAUCACGGCCAACCGAGUGCUGCACUGCAACGCUGACACCCCCGAGGAGAUGCACCACUGGAUCACUCUGCUGCAGCGCUCCAAAGGAGACACUCGAGUCGAUGGACAGGAGUUCAUCAUCCGAGGCUGGCUGCACAAAGAGAUGAAGAACAGCACCAAGGCCUCCCUGAAGCUGAAGAAGCGCUGGUUCCUGCUCACCCACAACUCUCUGGACUACUACAAGAGCUCAGAGCGCAACGCCCUGAAGCUGGGAACGCUGGUGCUGAACAGCCUCUGCUCGGUGGUCCAGCCAGACGAGAAGGUCUUCAAGGAGACCGGUUACUGGAACGUGAUCGUGUACGGACGGAAGCACUCAUACCGCCUCUACUGUAAGCUGCUGAACGAAGCCACGCGAUGGGCCAACUCCAUCCAGAACGUCAUCGACACCAAAGCUCCCAUCGACACGCCGACACAGCAGCUCAUCCAGGACAUCAAGGAGAACUGCCUGAACUCGGAGGUUGUGGAGCAGAUCUACAAGAGGAACCCCAUCCUCCGCUACAGCCACCACCCGCUGCAUUCACCGCUUCUGCCGCUGCCCUACGGAGACAUCCACAUCACCGCUCCGAGGAGUCGAAGCUACACGACCCUACAGGACGAAGCCCUGAAGGUGUUCAGCUCCCUGCAGCACCUGGAGGGCGUGGCCGACCCGGUUCCCAUCAUCCAGGGCGUCCUGCAGACCGGACAAGAGCUCAAGCCGCUACGCGAUGAGCUCUACUGCCAGCUGAUCAAGCAAACCAUGCGACCACCGCAACCCGGCAGCCCCGGAAACCUCUGCAGCUGGAAAAUCCUGGCCUGCAUGUCCUGCACCUUCAUCCCCACCAGAAGCAUCCUCAGAUACCUCAAGUUCCACCUGAAGAGGACUCGCGAGCUCUUCCCCGGCUCAGAGAUGGACCGAUACGCCGCCUUUGCCGCCGACUCCUUAAGGAAGACUCGAACCCGGGAGAACGUGCCGUCGCAGGAGGAGAUCCGUUCCAUCGUGGCUCGACAGGAGAUGAGCACCACGGUCCACUGCCACGGAGGAGGCUCCUGCAAGAUCACCAUCAACUCCCACACCACGGCAGGAGAGGUUGUGGAGAAACUGAUCCGUGGUUUGGCCAUGGAGGACAGCAGGAACAUGUUCGCUCUGUUUGAACACAACGCCGCCGCUGAGAAAGCCAUCGAGAGCCGCACGGUGGUGGCCGAUGUGCUCGCCAAGUUUGAAAAGCUUUCAGCGAGCCCCGACGAACACAACACCGGAUGGAAGUUUUACUUCAAACUCUACUGCUUCCUGGACACGGACAACGUUCCCAAAGACAGCGUGGAGUUCGCCUUCAUGUUCGAACAGGCCCAUGAAGCAGUGAUCCGUGGCCAGUAUCCAGCCCCUGAGGAGACUCUCCAGUUCCUGGCUGCUCUGAGGCUUCAGUACCUGCUGGGCGAUCACAGCUCCCAGGCCACCGUCCCUGAAAUCUCCCAGGUGUUCCCCAUGGCGCGAUUGCGGGCCCGGGUGCACAAUUCGGCCAAGACGUUUGCCCCGGGCGCCGGCGGCUCGAUUGCCGAGCGCUCGGGGACGUCAGAGAGGAAACGCUCGAGCUUCCUGGAGGGAACGCUGAGGCGGAGCUUCAGGAGCGGAUCGCUCAGCCGCCAGAAGCUGGAGGAGGAGAACAGCCUGGAGGCCUGGAUGAGGGAGGAGGUGGCGGCGGUCCGAACCAGCGUGAUGGACAAGUGGAAGAAGCUGCAGGGGAUGAACCAGGAGCAGGCCAUGGUCAAGUACAUGGCGCUGGUGAAGGAGUGGCAGGGAUAUGGAUCCACGCUGUUCAACGUCGAGUGUCGGGACGGAGCGUUUCCCUCGGAGCUGUGGCUGGGCGUGAGCCGGGAGGCCAUAUCGGUGUACAAGCGAGGGGAGCUGUGGCCUCUGGAGGUUUUCCCGUACGAACAGAUCCUCUCGUUCGGAGCUCCUCUGCCCAACGCUUACAAGAUCGCUGUGGAGGGCCGAGAGCUGGUCUUCGAAACCCAGAUGGUCAUGGACAUCGCCAAGCUGAUGAAGGCCUACAUCAGCAUGAUCGUCAAGAAGCGCUACAGCAACUCUCAGUCGGUGAGCAGCCACGGCAGUCAGUGUAGCGCCUGGUGAACCUUCAACCUCUGACCUUAUGGUCCAGCUGGAGGGCUGACGGUGGAUGUCCGUCGUCUGGAUGUCCGUCCUCUGGAUGUCCGGCCUCUGGAUGUCUCUCCUCUGGAUGUCCUUCCUCUGGAUGUCCUUCCUCUGGAUGUCCGUCCUCUGGAUGUCCGUCCUCUGGAUGUCCGUCCUCUGGAUGUCCGUCCUCUGGAUGUCCGUCCUCUGGAUGUCCAUCCUCUGGAUGUCCUUCCUCUGGAUGUCCGUCCUCUGGAUGUCCUUCCUCUGGAUGUCCGUCCUCUGGAUGUCCUUCCUCUGGAUGUCCUUCCUCUGGAUGUCCGUCCUCUGGAUGUCCUUCCUCUGGAUGUCCGUCCUCUGGAUGUCCUUCCUCUGGAUGUCCUUCCUCUGGAUGUCCUUCCUCUGGAUGUCCUUCCUCUGGAUGUCCGUCCUCUGCACCGACUGACUCUGAAUGCUGGAGACAAACCACGAUGCUCUUAAUGUUAACUAGCUCAGAUUGUUGUUGUUAUUUGUCGACUAGUUUAAUUCCAAAACUUCACACAUCCACUCUUGUUGGAGCAGAAGUUCGGCAAUCGGUUGAAGGUGUCGAACUUCAGCCUCAACAUGGAUCUGCUCCGAUAAAGUAUCCUUAAUCACUGUCAAACUCUGCUCACCAAAAAAUGUACAUUCCAGAAAUAAAUCCAGGAGUUAGAUGAAAGACAGAAGGUAAAAGUUGUAUAAAUUCAAAAAUGCUGGCCUUUGGAAGGAGGUCAAAGAAGAAGUGAUUGGUUCAGCUGCAGCACAGACCAACAGGAAGCUGCAGGAACAUUUCCUGUUGCAAAAGAUCUGCAGCAGAAACACAAAGGCCUUAGGUAGUAAUGAUAUCAGGAAAACUAUUGGUGAUUUUGGACCUCAUGAGCCUAAAAACUCAAGUGUUUUGACCUUGUAGGUACCAAGCCUUCCUGUUAUUCUCAGUCUCUACAUCCACAGUCCUUCCACCAGCGAUGAGCAGUGAUUUAAUUAGACUUUCUUCUUCUUCUUGGAACUUUUGUUUUAAAGUGAUGUCUGGUAGAUUCACAGCUAAGCCCCCUCAGUCCACCCAUCUUCUCGAGAUGCACUUGAGGGAUUAUAACAUCCCUAAAGAUGGCACUGAGGAGACAAGGAAGCUCAGAACAGUGAAAUGAGACGAAUCUAAAGUCCUAAUGCAAAUCAUCGCAAUGUGACCGUGCAGGUUUAUGCAUGGUCUGAUUUUAGUGUCAGAGUGGUCGAACCCACAACCCAAACGCAGCGUUACAGUGGAAUGUUAGAACAUUCUGGAAAACAAUAAACUUUUAACGCAUUUUUCUCCAAAACUACAGAAAGUUUAGCUGAUUUAUUGUCAACCAGCUACAGAAAAAAGGUGGAUGUGUCUCGUUUUGGAAGGAAACUUUCCAUUUUUUCCUGAUGCUAACCCACUGCGGCGCUACGAGGACUGUUGUUUUCUGAGUUUUAGUUUGACUGUGUGUGUGAGAGUUUUAUGUGUCUACACGCUGUCCGAAUGUAAAAAAGAAAAGAAGAGGCGACCUACGAGCCUUUUCCUGCUCUGAGAAACUCGGGGACUCCUCCAGGACGAUCUGCUCACUGUAAAUAUGAUGCAACUGAACUCGCCUCGAGCAUUUCAAGUUCGAUUGUUUCGAGGUCACAAGUGCCUGUUUGAAGCCGAGCAGGACCAAUCAGACGCCGUCUCUUCGAUGCCACUCGUGUUCCUGUGUAGCCACAAUCUGAAAGGUGCUCCGACGUUCCCUUUAACUGCCAAUGUACUCUGCAAAGUUUACGUCCAGCCGUCCAAGUCUUUCAACUCUGAAAUCUGUUUUUACCUGAACCAAAAGAAGUGACCAGAAGAAGAAAAACAGACGAAAGUGUGCUUUUAGAGUACUGAGUUAUGUGUUCAGUCAACUGCAGUACUGAUGUUGGGAUUUUAAUGAGAGGAAUUGAACAUUUUCUGCAAAUUUUCUGAACUGAUUUCGCAGAAAAUGUUCCACACUGCGAUAUCUGAGAUCUGAGCUACCUAGACCAGGAGUGUCAAACUCAUUUUAGUCCACAUUCAGCCCAGUUUGAAAUAGAUAAAUGGCACAAAUGAGACACAAAAUGACAAAAAUGAGACACAAAACAAUAAAAAAUCAGACAAACAACAUGACAUGAAGAAAAAGACAAAAAAAAUGACAAAAAAGACACAAAAUGACAAAAACAAGACAAAAUAUUCCAAAAAAUGAAACAAAAGGACAAAAUAAGACACAAAAUUACAACAAUAAGACAGAAAAUUGCAAAAACAAGACAAAAAAACACAAAAACCAAACAAAACCACAAAUACAAGACAGAAAAUGACAAAACGAGACACAAAAUGACAAACAAAAAAAAGAGUCAAAAAUAGACAAAAAAGUUACAAAGUGACAAAAAAGACAAAAACAAGACAAAGAAUUACACAAAUGACACAUACAUGACCAAAAAUGACAAAAGCGAAAAGCAAAAUGACAAAAAAGUGGACUAACAACACAAGACAAAAACAAAAAACACAAAACGACAAAAAUGAGACCAAAUGUCGAAUAAAGCAAAACACAAACCAGAAAAAGUCUGACAAAAACAACAAAAGCAAGACAAAAUAUUACAAAAAUGAGACACAAAAUGACAAAACAACAAUCUAGUAUUUUCCUUUAUGAUCCAAACAAUUUGUCAUGGUCUAGAAAUUAUUUUAAAUUUAUAGUUUUACUAAUUUACAAUCUGCAGUUAAUGUCUUCUCUGUAAUUUUUACCACUUUUGGCCCGCAGGCUGCAUGUUGGACACCCCUGACCUACACUUAAAAACAGACCCUUGACUUCAGCUGUUGAUUCUGAACUUCUUUUCCACCACUCUCUGAUGACUGUCGCCCUCUGCUGGCCACAAGGUGGAACAACAACAACACAAACGUCCCCUUGAACUCAAAGUGCUGUUGUUUUUUUAGCGUUUAUUUUUACUUACAGUUGUCAUGACGAUGGAUUUCUGCGAGGUCGAACAGAUUUCUGCCUGAAGGACUUGCUCGGCUGGAGGGUUUGCGACGUAACAUUCCUACAACAUUUCAGUGGAGCUCCGCGGGCGGCAGAUCCAUCCAAAGAUGCAGGUUUGUUCCACAGUGCCUUGUUGUAUAUUGUGUAUUUUGUUUUCCAUGUGUGGAUUCUUUUUUUUUUUUUUUUGGUAUAAUGUGCAAUUUUCUCUCUCUAUAUAUAUAUAUUCUAUAAUCAUGUGGCUGUACAUUUUAUACUGGAGGUCUUUGCCUUGUAUUUUUUUCGCCCAAUGAUGAACACAAAGCAACUUUCUCAGAUCUUGUAUUUUUCUCUAGGAAACAAUCCGACUGAUAGAAUUGUGACAGAAUUCUGGUAUCAUGUUUGUUUCUGUAUUAGCUGUGUUUUGUGUCGAACUGUUGAUUUUAACAAUAAAUAUUUUCAAAUUUGGUCUGAA